AUGGCGACCUUUUUUCAGAGUGUUCGCCAGGGGUUCGGCAGAGGGGGUAACAACAAGAACAACAACAAUAAUAACAACAAUAAUAAUUCCUCUAAAAUGAACAACGGUCAAUCUCCUGUUCCCCCAGCCCCGCAGCCGGCCCAUCUACCCAACUCUGCCUCUCCUACUCUGCCGGUUGAAAGCUCCGGCCUCAAUGAUAACGAUGCUCCCAAGUAUUUCUUCCAAGAGAAGUACGCCCCGCUUAAUGUCAAGGGAAAUUUUUUAACUCUGUGUGCUUGUCCGAAAAAUGUGGAGCUUGGGGAGUGGUUGGCUCAUCAGAUUGUGGAACAGUAUCGCCUGCUUCAUGGCAUGCUACAGGUCAUUCAGGAGCCGAAUGGCCCCUCGGGCCUACCAAUCUGCAAUGAGAACACUUGCCCUACUAUGUCUGCUGGACGUUUGACAUACACUUGGCUCGUGGACGGUCGUGCCGCUAAAAUUUCAGCUCCCAAGUUCAUAAACCGUGUCGAGAAAUGGAUUGUUAGCAAAAUCCAUGACCCUGUUAUGUUUCCGACCACUCCAGUGCAUGGUGUACCAAUUACCGCUGCUCUUAACGAUGUCGAUGCAGCGACGUCGGCUGCACCAGGCACUGUAUCUGCAGAUUCCUGGAUAGGCAAGUCAAGUGGUUUCCCACAGACUUUCUACAAGGACUGCCAAGGGAUUAUGAAGCAAAUGUUUCGUUGCUAUGCCCACAUCUACCAUGCCCACUGGCUGAAUCCUUUUUGGCAUAUCAAUAAGCAUGACAUCCUUAACAUGUGCUUUGUCCAUUUCAUUACUGUUGCGAAGUACUAUAAGCUUGUUGCCGACAAGGAAAUGGAGCCCAUGCAGCCUCUGAUUGACCUGUUCAUCAGGCAGCAAAGGAUUCCUCCGGAGGCUCUCAAUGGCGGCCACUGGGCGCAGCAGACCUCUAGCUGA